AUGUUAGAUGGCUUGGUUCUGUCACGGACAGACGACCAACAGAAUGAUCAGCCUAUUUUCAAGCUAUUCGAGCGGGCCUUUUUCUCUGCCGUGCAGUCUGCAGAUUGUGUUCAUGUCGACGAUGGGGGCCUGCAAUGCCGGGACAUCAGAGGAGGCUUCGAUCCUGUCAGAUGGGAUCAGCUGAUGAAUCAGAUGUGGAGGCUUGUAGAGCAUGCGUAUAAGCAUCCGUCCUUGGCACACGCACUUGCGAUGUCAUUGUACUCGUGGUUCUGGUGGGAGGGACCUGGAAGCGACCGAGUGAACGUCGUGACAGGACGUUUGGCUUGCGACUUCUUCGCUACAUCCCUUAACUUCAACAACUGCGUGGAUCCCAAUUUGCCACUGCAGGAUUUCUUCCAACGCAACUGUCACAUGCGAUGGCGAUACUUGCUGAUGAUAGCAAGCGAACUUGGCAGAUACCUGGCUGUCGUUCGGCUGGACAUGCGCGCGGCCAGGGAUGUCUUGCAGUCAGCGCAGAGAUAUUUCCAAGCAAUGCGCCAGCUACCAGCAUUUGGUCCACAUGCAGGAAAACUUGCGUCCCCCCACGACAUCAGCCUUAAUGCGGACUACUUUCCAGCCUCGGUCGUCAACCAGGGCCCGAUUUGGAAGAAUGCCCGGGAACAGGUGCCGAUUGUAGCCUUUCUGGAGGACAACUUCCCGACCAUCCAGGGCGAACUGCUGGCCAUCCUGGCUGACGAGCAUCGCUUCAGUUUGAUGAAUCAGGCCACACGCAACGCGGAGCCUCAAUUUGGGCCUCGGGACGACGACUGGCUUACUGCUUACUUGGUUCGUGGAGCUGCGUUUAACGAGUUGGUGUGCGCCCACGCUCCUCGGACUUGUGCCUUGCUGCGUGCUCGACCAGAGCUCGCGGACUGCCACUCGGGCUUGUCUGGUUCCGGCUUCUUGCGCAUGAGACCAGGAGGCCGUCUGAAGCCGCACUUCGGUGGAGCACCGCGGCUUAGUGCUCAUUUGGCUCUGCUGGUUCCGGAUGGUGAGGUUUACAUGUCUGUUGGACACGAAACCACUCGCUGGGUGGAAGGUGAAGUCAUCACCUUUGAUGACACCUUCAUUCAUAGUGUAACGCACAAUGGCGACAAGCCUCGUUACGUGCUGAACGUGUGGAUGUGCCAUCCAUGCGACCCCACCGAGAGUCACGGAGCAGCAGGACGCACAAUCCCAGAUUACUGCGAUGGGCCACAGCAUGGGGUUCUCCCUCCAGAUCUGCCAGCAAGGUGA